UUAAGCCCCUGUGUUAACUCGCUACUAAAGAAGCGUUGCCCUCUUCCCCGUUAGGCAUCACCCUGCAUUAGUAAACAACCCUCAGUUAAUAUCACAACCCUGCACAGAUCAACUCAUACACAGUGAGGACCACUCUCCGUUUUUGUGCUUCUCUUGUUUUGGUUUAUCAAGAAACCAAAGUUUCAAGAAAAGGAUGAGCAUUCAGGAGGACGUCAAGCAGCAGCACCUUGCCGGCCCGGGACCCAUGUCCCCAGCCCCAUCCAGUACCAAGAAAACCCCGAGGAUGCCCAAGUGUUCCCGAUGCAGGAACCACGGAUACAUGUCUCCCCUGAAGGGACAUAAGCGUUUUUGCAACUGGAGAGAUUGCCAAUGUCCGAAGUGCAAACUUAUUGCAGAGAGGCAGAGAGUAAUGGCGGCUCAGGUGGCCCUACGUCGUCAGCAGGCCCAGGAAGAGGAGCUUGGGAUAUGUAGUCCCAUAACGCUGUCCAGCUCAGACAUGGUGGUGAAGAAUGAAGCGGGUGGCAACUGCUUGUAUUCAGUGGAGGGCUGCUCCCCUACCACGUCCUCCAGCUUCUCUGCAUCAACCCCCAUCAAUGGGGGCAGCCCUUCCUCUUCCUCCAGCCCCCCCGUCAAGCCCCAGGCCGAAGGGACCUCUGACCUGACGGUGGACGCCUACUACAACUUCUACCAGCCCAGCCGCUACCCUGCCUACUACAACAACCUGUACAACUACCAGCAGUACCCGGCGGGGCUUAAGGAGCUGUAA